AGUAUUGCCGGAGGUUCGUGACGUGUGGAUGCGAGUCAGGGCGAGUCUGUCCGCGGGGAUCUUCGCUUCGACCACGAUGCGCAUCAGGAUGACAAGAAGCCUUGGCCCUUUUAACGAUUUCUCUCUGUCAAGUCUUUGAAACCUCAGAUCAAGAAAAACAAAUAAGAGCACUCGUAUCUGAAAAGACAACGUGUCAGAUCGAUCUGUUCAACGUCAGUUUGCUCUUUCCGCUGAAGCCCACCCCCAGCCCAGACGUGAGUCCACCAUGUCCGGGAAGGAGCGCAGCCCCCGCCAUCGACCGUGGUCGGUGUACCGGGCCAACACCUUUGAUCUCUCUGCUGAGAUGAUGGGGCUCGCUCUUUCAGGAAACAGUCAAGAUCCAGAUGAGCCGGUGCUGGAGUUUAGCGUGGCCUGCAGUGAGCUGGUUACCCCCUCACUGGACCGCAAACCAACCAGCUUUGUGGCCGUCAGCUGCACCACGCCACCUCAGGCCUUCUGGACCAAACAUGCUCAAACUGAGAUCAUAGAGGGCACCAGUAAUCCCAUCUUCCUGAGCAGUAUAGCUUUCUUUCAGGACUCUCUUAUCACCCAGCAGACCCAGGUUAAACUCUCAGUCUACGAUGUAAAGGACCGCUCACAGGGAACGAUGUACAUGCUGGGUUCGUCCAUGUUUUCUGUGAAAGAGCUGCUGCAGGACAAACACCACAGACUGCACUUGACUCUCAGGUCAGCAGAGAGCGAGCGUGUGGGCAACAUCACCGUCAUCGCCUGGCAGAUAGAGGAGAAGCGUGAGCAGCGGGCGCCGGUGGCAAGGCUACAGAGGGGGGACACUGUGAAUGGAAGGAUGGUUCUUCCGGUUGACGAAAGCUUAACUGGAUCUGCGAGCAUUAAAUCCAAGUCUUCAUCUUUAUGUAAAGACCCAAUGCUGAAGGCAGUGUUUGGAGGUGUCAUGUCUCGGACGUAUCGUUUCCCCACCACAGAUGGAAACCACCUGCGCGUCCUGGAGCAAAUGGCAGAAAGUGUCCUCUCUCUGCACAUUCCUCGACAGUUUGUGAAGCUGCUGCUGGAGGAGGAUGCUGUCAGGGUGUGUGAGCUGGAGGAACUGGGGGAGCUCUCUCCGUGUUGGGAGAACCUCAGGAGGCAGAUCAUCACUCAGUAUCAGACCAUCAUCCUCACAUACCAGGAGACCAUAAGUGACCUGCACGAAUACAAAGGACCUUCAUUUAAGUCCAGCACCUUGAAAGCUGAGAGGAAGCUGGAGUUCAUCCCCACCAACCUGCACAUCCAGAGGAUGAGAGUACAAGGACAAACUGGUUAUGACUGGACAUAUGAUGUUGUGACCAUCGGAGCUCCUGCUGCACAUCAUCAAGGCUUCAAAGGCUGCGGCCUCCGAAAACUGCUGCACAAACUGGAAGAAGCCAGGAAACAAACUUAUGAGGAGGAGAGCUCUGCUGGAUUCACUCCUAAAGGAAUGACCUACCAGCCUCAAGAUGUCAUUAAAGCUAAGGAGCUGAUUGCUCAAAUCAACACUCUGAAAACACAAGUGUGCUACUACGCUGAGCGCCUGUCCCGAGCUGCCAAGGAGCGCUCCGCCAACUCUCUGGAGAGGACUCUGGCCAUCCUAACAGAGAAGAGCCGUCAGCUGGUGGCUGUGUGUGACUCCAAGCUGCUCUCCUCAGCCAUCAUGAACUUUGCCACCGCUCGUUCAGAGCUCUCCCAGCACAGCACCCCGUCACCAUCCUCCUCCUCGCUCUCGCCCUCUUCUCGCUCCCCAUCUCGCUCCCCGUCUCGCUCCCCGUCUCACUACCCUCCCACCUCCCCGUCUCGCGCUGCCAUCUCACCCUCCCGACACUCCGCUCCUCUGGAGGGUAGUGAGGGGAGCAAAAGCAAGCGAGCCUCCACACAGGCUGACCUCCACGAGGAGGAGUGGGAGAAGGUUUGGCUAAAUGUUGAUAAAAGCCUGGAGUGUGUGAUCCAGAGAGUGGACCGGCUGCUGCAGCGAGACAAAAUCCAAAGCGACAGCAGCUCUGAGGACGUCUUUCUACUAGCCAACGAGGAGCCGAAGAGCAACAAGAAAGAAAACAGCCCAGAGGUGGAAAAGACAUCUCCAGGUGAAUGGAGCGAGGUGCUGUAUCCUCUCCUCACCACUCUGACAGACUGUGUGACUCUGAUGAGCGACAGAGCAAAGAAAGCGCUGGUGUUUCUGCUCAUGCAGGACAGCGCCCCCACCAUCGCCUUAAGCCUCACGCUGCAGUAUCGCCGCGACGUCGUCUUCUGCCAGACGCUGACUUCUCUGAUCUGCGGCUUCGUUCUCAAGCUGAGGAACUGCCUCUGCGACUCGGGCUUCCUCCGGCAGCUGCACACCAUCGGCUUGCUGGUUCACUUCGAGAGCCUGCUCAGCACAUACGGGGAGGAGUUGGCCAUGUUGGAGGAUAUGAGUGUAGGAGUGAUGGACCUCAGAAAUGUCACCUUUAAGGUCACCCAGGCAACCUCGGGUUUCAGUCCAGACCUGCUGCCGGUGAUCACAGGGAACAGGAAUGGCUUCAACGUCAGGGUCCCGAUGCCCGGCGUGAUGUUUGACACGCUGCCGAGAGAGAUCCAGAACGGGAUGCUGCUCCGGGUCCAGCCCGUCUUCUUCAACGUGGGGAUCAAUGAGCAGCAGACGUUGGCUGAGAAAUUUGGAGACACGUCCCUCCAAGACGUCAUCAACAUGGAGAACGUGACUCGCCUCAGUUCAUACUACGAUCAGUUCAAAGAAGUCCUUCCAGAAGACUGCCUCCCUCGCUCUCGCAGCACCACCAGCCUGCCGGAGCUGCUCAAACUGCUGAGCCAGAACGUUAACGCCAAGAAAAGCAAAAACGUGGAGAUCCUGUGGCAAGCAGCCGAGGCAUGUCGACGCCUGAACGGUGUGCGUUUCACCAGCUGUAAAAGUGCCAAAGACCGCACGGCCAUGUCUCUGACCCUGGAACAAUGCCAGAUUCUGCAGCAGGAGCACGCCAUGGCCCCGCAGGUCUUCUACCAGGCCCUGGAUUGUAUGCGCAGCGAGGGCUGCAGGAGAGAAAACACCAUGAAGAAUGUGGGGUGUCGUAAAUAUGCCUUCAACUCUCUGCAGCUCAAGGCCUUCCCCAAACAGUACCGCCCUCCAGAGGGGACGUACGGGAAGGUCGAGACAUAAGUGGACAUUUAUGGUGAAAUACAAAAGACUGAAUUUGAAGCUGACUGAAAAUAAACAUUUAAAUUUAAAUAAAAAUUAGACAAACUGUUCAGUUUUUUGUGCUAAGUAAAUGUCGAGACGAUUUAUGUGGAAGUGCCAGUGCUACCGUAGACUGUUUUAUAAGCAGCUCGCCCUCGCCCAUCAGUAGCGCUAGAAUUGAUCACUUUUCACGAGCACGAUCAGUAAAGACGCGGCUUUCUGUGUCACCGUGUUUUCAGUGUGCAGACCAUGUUGUGUCUGUAGCGAGGCGAACACUCUGGAUUCCAGUCAUGUUAACGCGUGUCUUACAGACGUUGCUGCAGCAAAAAUAAAGCACACAUUUCUGGGAAAUACAAGUAAAACUGGGAGAAAAAUGGUAAUUUGUGUAUUUAUUGGGCUUGCUUACCUCAUGAUGUGGGAAAUCUCAAUGUACCAUCAGAGUUUGACAGCAAGAAGGCCUGAAAGAUAUACGCUUUGAGAAAACAGUUGUGUUUAUCCGCACAAAUAAAGGGACCAAGCCAUGGUCGGGAAAGUGGUUUAAGCCAGAAAACACAGACAAUGAGCUCUGCUGUAUUUUCUUUGCAGACGGUGGUGAAGAUGCAUCAGCAGACCCCAUUUACAGA